CCAUUUUGGACGAAACCCUAAAAUAGAGGAUUCAUCAACGUCCCCAAUCGAGGGUUUCGAGCGGGAACCUCAGCACAAGUUGGAAGUGUAUACUUCAACGAAGAAAAGCUUAUCCGGAUACCUAAUCGGCGACGGAAUCCGGUGGUAUGGGAAGAGAAUUGCAGAAGCAGCCACAGCAAGAGAUGGCGUCUGCGGUGGAGCAGUUGCUCGCUGUGAAUCCUUACAAUCCUGAUAUCCUUCCUGAUCUUGAAAACUACGUAAAUGAGCAGGUCUCGUCAGAAACCUACAGUUUAGAUGCUAAUUUAUGCCUGCUUCGCCUCUACCAGUUUGAGCCCGAAAGAAUGAGUACGCAAAUUGUGGCUCGCAUCCUGGUCAAGGCUCUGAUGGCAAUUCCAGCUCCAGAUUUCAGCCUGUGUCUCUUUUUAAUUCCAGAACGAGUGCAAAUGGAGGAUCAAUUCAAGACUCUGAUUAUACUUUCCCACUAUUUGGAGACUGGAAAGUUCCGUCAAUUUUGGGAUGAAGCUGCGAAGAACCGCCACAUAGUUGAAGCUGUGCCAGGUUUUGAGCAAGCUAUUCAAGCUUAUGCCGUCCAUGUUCUUUCCUUAACUUAUCAAAAGGUUCCUAGAUCUGUGCUUGCUGAGGCAAUCAAUAUUGAGGGCUUAUCUUUGGACAAAUUUCUUGAGCACCAAGUUGCAAACUCUGGUUGGAUUCUUGAGAAAGGUCAUGGGAAGGGCCAACUUAUUGUAAUGCCACCCAACGAAUUCAACCAUCCUGAACUGAAGAAGAAAUCCUCCGACAGCAUUCCUUUGGAACACAUUACUCGCAUCUUUCCAAUUCUCAGCUAAUUAACACACGUACCGGUAACGAAUGUUGUUACUUUUGUUCAUUUCAUAUUUGUUCUUGUCGUUUCAUUUGGGGAUUACUGCGAGGUUGCUUCUAUAUUAUCGUCCAAUUUUCCAAUUAAUGACAGAGGAAGAAUAGAUUACCCUUUAGGGUAGUUAGUCUGAUUUUGAUGUGUUUAUAUUUGUACUUUAAUCAUGCCAUUUCAUAACGGUCAUAAGAUCAUAGAAAUUGCCAAGGCAAGGUGUCCUUAUAUGGUGGCGUAUAAGGUGGCACGCCUA